AUGCCUGAUUUAGUGAGGGCAUAUUGUAUUCCAGAGAUUAGGGUUUGUGGAUCCAAACUAAUCAUGGAUGGGUUUGGAGGUGAUGGUCCCUCAACAGCAGCUGCCGCCCUAAGCCAACGGAGGCACGAAAUGUCAAAACUUUUCCAGUACUAUUUAGAUAAAUCAACUCCUCACUCUCUUUAUCGGUGGAUUGCAACUUUUUCUUUGGUGUGCGUUUAUGCACUGAGAGUUUACUAUCUUCAAGGAUUCUACAUUGUGACCUAUGGUUUGGGAAUCUACAUUCUAAAUCUGUUGAUUGGGUUCUUGUCACCUCUUGUUGACCCUGAGCUGGAACCUUCAGAUGGUCCUAUGCUGCCCACAAAAGGCUCUGAUGAGUUCAAGCCUUUCAUUCGCCGCCUUCCCGAGUAUGCCAUCACUAAGGCUUUCUGUGUAGCAUUCUUGAUGACCUUCUUUUCCAUGUUCGAUGUCCCUGUUUUUUGGCCUAUAUUAUUGUGCUACUGGCUCGUCCUUUUUGUCCUAACAAUGAAACGUCAAAUAAUGCAUAUGAUCAAGUACAGAUACAUACCAUUCAACACUGGGAAGCAGGUGAUCGAUCACAUAGCCACGUACAAAGGGAAAAAAUCAGCAGCUAGUGCAAGCAGCCCUCGAGCAGACUAAAUUUUAACCAAUUUAUGAGGGGCUCCUGAUUUAGAGAGAAAGAUGAGCUUAGAGAAACCAGACUAUUUGGAGAAUGCCUUGAAGAAUUUUAUGUUUGUCGGUUUUGUAUUUACAUUGAUAUAUUGACGUGCACUUGUUCGAGUUAUUGGCAAACUCAGUUGUUGCACUGUUGUUUGUGUAUGUGGGAGAAACUGUUUAUGAUGCAGUAAAGACGAGGGUUCAUAUUGUUUUAGAUGAACUGCAGGAUCACUAAAGAUUGUGUAAUGCGACUUUCAAUUUGUUUGGUAAUUGAUGAACGCUGCUCGAUGAUUUUUUUCUUAUAUAAACAAAUAUAUAUUUCUAUUGUAGGUUCUUGUUUGGAUUGUCAACCAUUCGUAUGUACAUAUAGAGUGUUCGGAUUUUAGGGUAAUGUAAAUUUGGGUUGUAAGAACUUUAAAUUUUGUUAAAAUAUUAGCAUCUACUGCUAUUUUAGCAGCAUGCAAUGCUAUUCUUACUCAUGUUGGUAUUGCUCCAUUACUUAUAUCUGCUGAAAUUGAACACUGUUGUUUU